AUCAUAAAAGAAAAAUGUUCCGCGCAUUUUGCAUAGCUUCAGCAGAAAGUUAAAAAGCCGGGAACACACACACACAGCGAUGAACGGCGGUAACAACCAGUUCAACGCCAAGCCUGCGUUUGCCGGCGCCGGAUUCAUGCCAUCGGAGGCCACUCAAACCGGCGGCGAUCAUUCUUUUUCUCCGGCGAAGUACUGGCAUGGGAUGUUUGAUUCCCCAAGGAGCCGUUUGCCCGAAGCGGAAUGGAUUGAAUGUUUGAAGACGAUUUUUUAUGCAUGAGCCGUUUGCCAGAAAGCGGAAGAGAAGAGAAAGAAAAGAAAGUGCUAGAAACAGUGACAAGGGAGGAAGUAUUUCCAUUAAAAGCUGUUUGGAGGAUACAAGCUCCACUUGGAGUAGCUCUAUUUGCUUGUAGAGUGGUCCAUGAAACUACUUCUAUUUACAGAUCAUCCAGAUCAACUUACCAACAACUGCAAUAUUCCACAACUUAAAACAUUUAAUGUUCAAACCAUCCUGAGAUUUUGGUUGACAUACUUCUCUCCAAGCAACUAAUGAUAUUUUCCUCUUAUUAUCUGUGCUUCCCCAUAGAAGCUCUCUACAUCUCCUGGCUACCUCCUUGAGAAUACUUUGAGGCAAGAUGAACAUAGAGCCCUAAAAGUUAUUUAGUGAGAAUAGUAUGGAAUUUAUUACUUGAACUUUCCCAGCAUAUGACAUGUGCCUAGUUGAGACAACUCUUAUCUUUUCUGUAAUCUUCAUGCACAGCCGAUUACAAUCUAUUUACAAAUAUAGAGUCUAGGAAUAUAUGUAAGGGAUCAUUUUGAAUCUAUUACCAAUUAUAAGGAACUAUUAUUGUCAUUUUCUCCAGGAGAUUCAAAUGUGUUUUGUUUAAUCAUCCCGCAUUCAAAAUGUACUAACCAUCUGAUACAGAAUUCGUACCAUAUAAUACGGUAUCUGGAAAAAAAUUUCCCAUUCUUAAAAUUAAAGUAGCUUCCUCAACUCCAUCCUUUACUCCUGCAAUAUAGAGAUUAGAUUUGUCUUAAUUUGCUGACAGUCCUGUAGUGUGAGAAAAAUGAGUAAGAGCCUCCAUAAUUCCCAUAACUGAUGCUUCCUGACCCUUGCAAAAUAUCAUCAGAUUGUCGGAUAAAAUAAGGUGGGUAAGCUUUAAUUAUUUGCGCAUAGGAUGGUAUCUGAAGUCUGUCAGGUUACUCAUCAUACUCAACACUCUAGAGAGGUAUUCCAUCACCAAUACAAAUAGAAGGGGUGAAAUUGGAUCACCUUGUCGCAAACCUCUCUUUCCCUUAAAAAAACCCUCCCCCUCUCCAUUUACUUUCACUGAGAGGCUAGUUGUAGUGAUACAAGCCAUAAUAAGCAUACAAAACUUAGGAGGAAAUCCAUAUCCUUCAAGCAUCUCCCUGAUAAACUCCCAAUGUACCAUAUCAUAUACCUUCCUUAAAUCUAUCUUCAUGAGGCAUCGUGGACUAGUCUUCCUAUUGCAGUGCCUCAACAAGUCAUGGCACAUUAAAACCUUAUGGAUUAAAGAUCUGUCCUGGACAAAAGCUGCCUGGUUGAGAUUGACAAGACAAGGUAGCACCUUACCAAGUCUACUGCAUAAGAGCUUGGAAAUACACUUACAUAUCACAUUGCAGCAGGCUAUUGGUCUAUACUGGCCAGCAUUCAUAGGACUCUGCACUUUAGGUAUAAUAGUGAUCGUGGUGGCAUUGAUUUGUUUCAACAAUUUACUUGUCUAGAAGAAAUCCUUUACAGUCUUACAAACAUCAGCACCCACUAUGCUCCAAGCAUCUUUAUAAAAACCACUACUAUAUCCAUCUGGACCAGGACUCUUAGUAUCUUUGAUGCUAAAUAUUGCAACCUUAAUUUCUUUAUCUGACCAUGGCUUGCGUAAUUCACAUUGUUGAUCAACAUUAAUAAUUUCUCCUUGAGCAAAGAUUUUAGCAUUUGCCUUCUCCCUAUUUCCACUAGUUGCACCAAUUAUUGAUUGAACGUACUGCACAAAGACAUUAGCAAUAGCUUGAGGAUCAUGCUGUAAAUUCCCUUGAUUGUCCUGUAUUUGAACAACUGAUUGUAGAAGUUUCCUCUGUCUAAUUAUUGAGAAAAAAAUACUUAGUGCAUUCAUCUCCUUGUCGAAUCCAUGUUGCCUUACUCCUUUGUAGAAGUAUUGAACCAGCUAGCCUCAUGCAACUUCUGAAUUUCUCUUUCAGUUCUUUUUCAUCAUCCGCAGUGCUGCACAACUAGGGUCUUGGUUUAGCAUAAAUUGGGCCCUGUGCAAGUCCUCUCUAGCCUUAUCUGCAUCAUCCGCUACACUACUAAAGUGUUGUUUAUGGAGUUUCUUCAGUUGCUGCUUGAGUAACUUUAGCUUCCUCACCACCUGAUACAUUGUAUAGCCAAUGAUAGGUGUAUUCCAAGUAAUCUGAACUACUUGCAUGAAAUCUGGACGUGUGUUCCACAUAUUACAUUACUUGAAUGGACUAGUUUUUCUCCUACUAGCCUUGAAUCAUGUGUAUCACAAGAGGACAGUGAUAACUAAUACCCUCAGGGUGGAACUGAGCUAUGCAAGCUGGCGUAUUAUCGAGACAUUCCCCAUUCACUAGAACCCAAUCUAUUUUGAAGAAAAUCCUAUCCACCUGGUUAUCAGAUCAGGUGUACCUGCAUCCAUUACUUUGGAGUUCGGCUAAGCCACAUGCAUCAAUGCACUGCUGAAAUUCUCACACCUCUGCAAGGUCACAGGUGACCCUCCAAUCCUAUCAUCAUCAUGUAAUACAUUAUUGAAAUCCCCUAGAACUAUCUAUGGACUUUGACAACUAUUUGCUUUGUCUGGAAGCUGAUCCCAUAAACUUUUUCUUCCUUCUUUUGUGUUGUAUGCACACACAAAGGUAACCAACGUGUGCCGCCAGUUAUGGCGUGAGGCAGAGGGAAGAAAACCAUGAAUAUUAAUGUUGGGAAGAAGAUACAGCAGAACAUGAAGGGAAUUAAGGAGAAUAUGGGAGAUACACCGACGACGGAACAAUGGCCAGGACUACCAAGGCAUAAAACCCCAGAUGCGACGGCGACCAGCAUGGUGAACAAAGCUGAAUCUGGGCAUAAAGGAGCACAAACCCUAGAGAAGCCUCAUGGAAGUUCAUGUGUAGAGGUGAUAUCAAAUACGGAUGACCCAGUGAUAAAACCGAAGAAGCAAUGGAAGAACCUAUUUCAGAGCAAUCGCCUAACAGCUCAAGUUAUGACUCUGGAAUUUGUGGCACCAACCAUAAAAAAUGGGAGACAGUUGUGGAGCUAUGCAAAGGUGAGGUGAAAUCUGAAACAAAUAAAUUGAAGCUACCUCUAAUUCUGUAUGUGGUAGGCGCAGACCCAACAAUUAUGGCAAUUGACAGAGACAUAGCAACGAAUUGGAACUACAUAGCAAAACCAAAGGUAUACUACCAUAAUGAUGGGUAUUUUUUGGUGAAAUUUAGGAGUGCGGAGGACCGAGACGAGGUUAUGUAUGCAGGGCCGCAUAUGAUGAAUAAUAAGCCCAUCAUUCUUAAGGCAUGGGAACCUGAGUUCGAUCUCAGUAAAGAGGUUUUGCAAACCAUUCCAAUUUGGGUUAAAUUCCCAAAUCUCUCUCUCAAUUGCUUAGGGAUGCAGUCUCUCAGCAAAAUUGGAAGCGAACUAGGGGUUCCUUUGUAUGUUAAUGCUUGCACUACCGCGGUUGAUCGUAUCUCAUAUGCACAUGUACUGGUAGAGAUGGAUAUAACGAAGGACUUGCCCAAGAAAAUAAAGGUGGAGGACCCUACUGGUAGAAUAUUUGGUCAACCAAUUGAGUAUGAGUGGGUGCCAUUACACUGCCCAAUAUGUUUGAAUAUAGGGCACAAAUGUCAGGCAAAGGAGGAUAACGUAGCCAAGCCUAAGGGGAUACACGGGAUACAAAAGGUAGUAUGGCACACCAAACAAGGACAAGAGACCAAGGAUGCUUAAAAGGUCAGAGAUAAGGGGAAAGCUAUAGAUGUUCCGGGACCUAGCGGCACUAAAACUCCAAAUGCCACAGUAAUGUGAGGCCAAAAUACAAAGCCUGUGAAUCAAGGAAAGGAUGUAGAAGAUGGAAAUGGACCACUGAGGGGAGAGGAGUGGAAAGAGAUGAGAGGAAAUUCAGCAGCAAAAGGGGUGCAAAAAUAGGUAGAAGCUGAAACUCAGAUCACUUCAGUCAAUGUGUUCAAUGCUCUACAUCAACAUGAUACUAGAUUUGGAGGUGGGCAUAAUAGAUGUGGAUUGGAGGGGAAGAAGGGUAAGGAUAAGAAUACUGCAAUACCUGUGCGCGGAUGACACUGGUUACUUGGAAUAUUAGGGGUUUGAAUAAAGUUUAUAAGCAAAAGGAGGUAGGUUUAUUUAUCAGACAAAAUAAAGUUAGUGUUCUAACUCUACUUGAACACAAGAUUAAAGUUCAUCAUGCUAGCAGAG